AUGGGCAAUUGCCACUCUGCUCAAGAUCACCAGCACACGGUCCCUGCCCAGCGCAAGUCUGUCGGCUCCAGAUCCCGGCACUCUUACGUGCAGCCCAUGCAGCCCUACCAGGCCCAGAACCAUGACCAGCCAAAUCGAGGCUCUGGCGUUGACGUUUGGUCACCACCACCUUACUCUAGCAUAACACCUCCGGCACCGGCAGCAAACAGCUCGAGCCUAACGGGCGCCAUCCUCGACACCGCACACUCCUUCCUCAGCGCCUUUGACACCAUCUUUCUCGUCGAUGACAGCACCAGCAUGCAUGGUAAACGCUGGCGAGAAGCCGAAGACGCCAUUGCCGCCAUCGCACCGAUCUGUACACAUUAUGAUGCCGACGGCAUAGACAUCUACUUCCUCAACCACCGCAACCACUCGCGCUCUGGUUCCGAAGGCGGUACUGCAGGCGGUUAUAAGAACGUCACCGACGCCCCCGGUGUCCGCGAAAUUUUCAAAUCCGUCUCCCCCAGCGGCGCAACGCCCGUCGGAACGCGCCUGCAUCAGAUCCUCACACCUUACCUGCGAGAUCUCAAACGCCUUGCCUCUCAGAGCCGCGAGUCGGAGCUUAAGCCACUCAACAUCAUUGUCAUCACCGACGGCGCGUUUACCGAUGAUGCGGAGAGCGUGAUUGUUCGUGCUGCGCGGCAGCUGGAUGACCCUAGUAUACAGGCUGUGCCGUGGCAAGUGGGUAUUCAGUUCUUCCAGGUCGGCGACGAUCAGCAGGCGAAGGAGUACUUGCAGGCCUUGGACGAUGAGCUCGUCAGAAGGCGCAGUUACGAGGGCAUGAGGGACAUUGUCGAUACGGUGCCGUGGAAGGGGGAUAGAGGCACCGUGCUGAAUGCGGACGGGAUUCUCAAGUGUGUUUUAGGCGCGGUGAACAAGAAGUACGACAACCGGGAGGCAUCACAUUGA